GACUAUUGACGCUUCCCCAUCCCAGCUAAUAACCCAGGUGUGAAGUCGAAGAGGGGCCACCCCCAAUGAUGCAUCCGUGUCCAAAGUCCAAACUUCCCCCCUCCACCUGACAGGGUCUCAGGAGCCGCUUUGAAUAUUUAAGGGUCUUUCAUCCUUCCCUUAUUCUCUUCUUCCCUCUCAUCCUUUUUACCUUUCUCUCCUAACUUCCUAAUCCUUCCAUAACCACCAUGUCUUACUACCCCCCACCACAAGAACCCUACUACGGCGGACGCCCUCCAUACGAGCGUCCGCCAUACGACCGUCCUCCCUACGAGGGCGGUCCUCCCCCGGAGCGGCCCCCCUAUGACCGUCCUCGUUACGAGGGUUCUCCUUACGACCGCCCUUCCUAUGAGCGCCCCCCUCCAGAGAGAUACAACUCCGGUCCUCCUCCGCCGGAGCGCCCUCCCUACGACCGUCCCCCAUACGGUGACCGGCCUCCCUACGAAGGCGGCGAGCGCGGCUUCGACUCUCCUGCUCCUCGUCCUCCCUACGAAGGUGGUGAACGCGGCUUCGACUCUCCUGCUCCCCGUCCUCCCUACGCCAGCCCUCCUCCUUCCGCUCGUCCUCCUCCCGUCCCUCCCCCUCCUCUUCCCAUGGAAUGGGCCCAGGAGUGGGAGCCCAACCUCCGCCGCGCCUACUACGUCCACAUGCCUUCCGGCCGCACAGAAUGGGAGCUUCCCGCUGACAUGUCCCGCGACAUGCCUCCCCCUGGUCCUCCCCCGGCCGGUGGUCCGGGCUACUACGCAAGCCCCCCUCCGCCGCAGGAGGGAGGGUACUACCCCGACCCCCAGGCUCAGCAGAUCUCCGAGGAGGAGCAGAAGAAGAAGGACCGUAAGAACAUGCUUAUGGGUGGCGCAGCUGGUCUGGCUGUUGGUGCUCUCGGCGCUGCAUUCAUUUCCCACGAGAUUCAUGAACACGAGGAAAAAGAGGAGGAAGAGGAGCGUGAAGAACAACAGUCGUAUGACUAUGACCGGCCGCCUGUCGUCUACGAGCGUGAAACUACUAUCAUCGAGCGUGGAGAGGAGCCUGCAUAUGAUUACGAGGAGGAUGGAUGGUAGAUGCGGCAUACCUGUCUCUGCUUGUUAAUAAACAAAUUCUAUUCGCAUAGCUUUCGGGAUUGUUUAGCUGUAUCUAUUAUGCAUUUAACUCAUACCUUGUUCAAGGAAUAUAUUUGACACAAAAAGAUGUCUGGGGCGUAGAUGUGUCUUGACAUGAUACUC